UGUGACUGGCAGAAAGAGUCAAGAACGCGAGCGACGCGACUCGUUGAAUGCAAAUAAUAAAUAAUAUUAUUUUAGCCAUAAGUUAAUAGUUUAUGUGAUUUUUUCAAAAGUGAUGACGAAGCGUGAAAACGAGGUUCAGCUUUUCAACAGGGGUGAGAAAGUCCUGUGUUACGAGCCCGACAAAUCGAAUGCUAGGGUCUUGUACGAUAGUAAGGUUUUAGCUGUGUACGAACGCAAGGACGCCGAUAAUCUACGCUAUUUUGAUUAUAAAAUCCAUUUUCAAGGCUGGAACGCAUCCUGGGAUAGAAAUGUGCGCGCCGACAGUUUGUUAAAAGACAACGAAGAAAAUCGCAAUCUUCAGCGUGAGCUGGCAGAAGCCGCGCAGCUACAAAAGAGUGGUGGCUAUUCUUACAAAGACACUAAAACUCCGACUUUGCCAUCCGGUAAAAAGAAGCGUUUGGCCAGAGGUGUCAACGCUGAAGAUCAGACAGCAGAUCCCCUAGACAUAUCGCCGGCAUCCCAGCCGGUAACUCCACAGCACGAACUGCCGGCACAGCAGAAGGGUGGCGCCCACAUGCGGGAUGGUAGUGGAAAUCGGUCGCGGGACAACAGCCGCGGUCGCAAGGGCCAGCAUGACAAGUCGAGCACCGGUGGAGGUGGUGGCGGCGGUGGUACUGAUGUAACCAUGAAGGACCAACGCAAAACCGGCCGUACGGAGGGUGAGCGAAAAUCUGCUAAGUCUCAGUAUAGUCUGCAUGUCUCACCUAAAGAUACGCAUACAACUGAUGCAGAGAAGCGCGUCCAUCAAGAGGAUCGUGUGAUGCUUCGCAUCAGCGAGCGGCUACGCGAGUAUAUGGAAUACGACUACAAUAUGGUCUGCAAACUUGGCAAGGAGCACGCCCUGCCCGCUCGCAUGCCCAUCGUCACCAUCUUGGAAAACUUUGUCAAGCAACGAGCCGUCGAAUUGGCUAUUGGCAUCAAGCAGGACAGUUCGAGGGCACGCAACACGCAGAGCCGUAAUGCGCGCAUGGAGCGUGAGUACGAUCGUGUAAUGUCCAACGUCUGUAUGCUCAAGGAAGUUGUAGAUGGACUGCGGAUCUAUUUUGAAUUUCAUCUAGAAGAUCACCUGUUGUACAAAGAGGAAAGGGACUAUGUCUUAGGCUGCCUUAACGAUGAUAUAUCGAUAUAUUCCAACAAAUUCGCUGACCAAGCCAAGGAAUACAUAAAUCCCAGCACCGACAAUGAGCUCAUUUCAAUGGAUGGCAAUAUGAAUGGCACAAAUGGAGUCGAUGGCACCAUUCUAGGAGGCAUUGAAUACGAGAAGCAGCUACAAAAGUGCCUGCUAUACAUUGUGAAAAGCAGUGGAAAGAAUAACAUCGCACAUGCCUAUGAUCAGCGAACCUCUCCCUAUACGGCUGCCUACAAACUGCCCAUGGAAAUGCGUGGCUUUCUCUGUGAGACUUUUAGCUGGAGUCUGUUGGCUAAAACAGAAACACUUUUGUAUGGAUCUGAGAAAUCUAUGAUAUUUGGUGCACCACAUUUAGCACGCAUGUUGAUUUUAUUGCCCGAAUGGCUUAAUGCUUCACCCAUAUCAAAUGAGAAACUGGAGAUUCUGGUGCCACAUCUUAACUCCUUAAUCAAUUACUUGGAGAACCAUAAGGAAUGGUUUGAUAAGCAGAAUUAUUGCAAAUAAUGUAUAUGAGAAGUAUCCAUCCCGCCUGGCAAUCUUAGAAAAGAAUUAGAAUGUAAGAGGUCCUUGGAAACGAUGAAAAGUGUGCAAAAAUAACUUUCGCAUUGAAACACAUUUUGUGA